GUCGUCUAUAUAGCCUCGCCUCCCUCUCCUCUCCUCGCCUUCCUCCUCUCCCAUCCUUCCUUCCGCCCUCUCCCUCUCUCCUUCCUUCCUGGGUGCGCUCGCGGUUCUUGCGAAGCUGUUCGACCGAGAGGCGAGAUGGCGGACAAGGGGAAGGGGAAAGCCGUCGACGACACUGCCGGUACUUCGUCGCCGACUUCAGGAACUUCGUUUCUUGCAGCUCCCGGUGGCGGGGACGGGCGGGAGCUACCGACACCGACGACGAUGCUCCAGCAGCCGCUGAGCAAUCAAGCCCGUGGGAGUGCGCCCUUCGGCGGCCAGAACCAGAUCGCUAACCCACAGUUCGCUGGAGGUGGCGGCGGGGGCGGGUCAGGGGCGGGGUACGGGGGAUUCUCUCAGUUUGCUGACGGGCACGGGGGAUUCUCUCAGUUGCAUUCGAGGCCACCGGCGGCGAUGCUCCAGCCGACUCUGGGCAGUCAAGACUGUGGGAGUGCGCCCUUCGGCAUCCACGCGCCGAGCGGCCAAAACCAGAUCGCCAACCCCGGGCAGACGGGAACAGAGCAGCCGUUCGGCGGAGGUGGGGGUGGAGGCGGAGGCGGGGCCGGGUACGGGGGAUUCUAUCAGUCGACGCCGAUGGUCCAGCCGCCCGUGGGCAAUCCAGGUCUCGGGCACGGGGGAUUCUCUCAACCGGCGGCGACUCUGGGGUACGCGGGAUCCUAUCAGUCGACGCCGAUGGUCCAGCCGCCCGUGGGCAAUCCAGCCUUCCACGCCGGGGGGCCUUACACGCCGGCGUGCACUAUCUGCGAAGCGCCCACACCACUGCUCUGGAACGCGACGACUGUGCAAGCUGUCGGUCGCGCCGCCGGGUCGAUACCCGAGUUUCUUGCAGCUAUCGGUCGCGGCGGCUGGUUCUCUGCCUCUCAGUGGGCGGCUAAUCCAGUAACGUCGCCCUUCCUGUGGUGCGUUGGUUGCAAUUUUCCCGCGAAGCUUUUAUGGGACAAUCUGCCCAUGUGCCGGCCUUGCUACGGCCAGGCUCUCGACAAAACGGCUAGCUACGAGUGCGCCAAGGCUCUGGCUCAGAUUCGGGCUGAGAAGGCUCUGGCUCAGCAGCAAGUGGAUGCGGCUCUGGCUCAGGGUCGGAGGAUUGUCAUUGGUCCGCAGCGCCAGCUCGACCACGGCCAGUCUUCUUCCGCGGCGCCGCCCCACGCUCAAGCUCAACGAUGCCAUCGCUGCGGAGCGCCGGAGCCCACGCGGAUGUCGCAGGGCGGGUUUCCAGUGUGCGAGCUUUGCUUCAACAACUGA